UACUAGACCAUAGAGUGUUGAAUUUCACACGCUCAUAAACAAAGAAAAAUCUAAAACAAAUAUAAUAAGAAAAUGUCUGCAAAGCAGAUCUUCCAUAAGUUCGACAAGAACAACGAUGGCAAGCUCUCACUGGCCGAGUUCCGUGAAGCGGCUCUUGCUUUCUCUAAGAACAUUCCUGAUGAAGAAAUCACAAGUAUGUUCAAGGAAUUUGACGUGGAUGGUGACGGUGAGCUUGACGCUGGCGAGUUUACUUUGUGCAUUAAUAACAUGUUGAAGGAAGCUUUUGAUUUUUGUGAUACUGACGGUGACGGAAAGGUAACAGCAAGUGCGUUCCAUGCAGCCAUGACUGGGCUUGGGGAGGAGUUCACAGAAGAAAAAUGUGCAGAGAUGGUUCAAGCCGUGGAUGCAGAUGGUGAUGGUUAUCUGAGCUUUGAGGAAUUUAUGGUUAUGAUCAUUUGGCGAGUUUUAAGAAAUGAGUGAUAUAUGAGUGGUCUGCUUGCUUAUAAAACAAUGUUUGCUUAUCCUUAUUGAUGUGUAUUGUCAUCGGUUCAGAGUUUUCUCGACCGUUUCUUGUCUUUAAAAAUAAUUUCAAGUGCAUGCU